UCGGGGGAGUGUCGCUACAGUCCCGCCGAGCGUGCCGCCAACUGCUCGAGCUACAGAGUCCUACCCGAAGGCGACGAGGGCGCUCUGAAGCAAGCGCUCGCCUUUGUCGGGCCCAUCUCGGUCGCCAUCGACGCCACCAGCCCCACCUUCGCGUUCUACAGCAGCGGAGUGUACGACGACUCAUCUUGCUCCCAGGAAGUGAACCACGCUGUGUUAGCGGUCGGCUACGGAACGCAAAAUGGAAAACAAUUCUGGCUUGUCAAAAACAG